GUGGUUCCUAAGUUAAUUGUAAUUGAAAAAGAAAAAAUUUCCAGUCGGUUAUAAAAAUAUACAAAAGAGGAAACAAAACUUCUGGCUUAAAAUUCAAAGCAAUAUGUAUCUUAUUAUACAAGGAUGUGCGUGGAGUCGAACCACCCGGAGUCUUAUAGUUAUACACGAGGUGGGUUUCAUGAGCUUUUGUCAAUUAAGUUACAUUUUUUCCAAAGGGCGGUUAGGAAUAAAGUGAUCAGUUUCCUCCUCUUUCUCUAGUACAUACUCCAUAUCAAUUUCAUAAGCCUGGAAAAAGUACAUUCAUCAAAGACCAAUAAAAUUAUUUUAGGUUAAAAAUAUUAGUAGAGGAGGAAAGAAGACGACUUAGUGGAGAUUCCAAAGAUGAAAAUUAUAUGAAAUUAUUCCUGAGGUGUGUUUGUGACAGGUCCUUCAAUGUGUUAAAUAGUUGGUAUGCCCCGGGCACAUAACUGCAGUGACUCAUGUCUUGUCAUGUCCUCACUGGGAAAACAAUGUGUUCUAUGAAGAUUACAGCUAGGGCUGAAAGAUGUUGUCAUGAGGUUUCCUCAUAGUCUUGAGGCCCUAAGUACCUUGUUAAAGGCCCUUUCAUGGGUUUUUCUCUGGAUCUUGAAUAUGUUCUGACUAUAAGACUUAUUAUUGGGGAUGAAACUUCUUUGCCCAGAAUAAUAGCCUUGGUGAAGAUAUUUCUAAGCAUCAAUUCAUUGGUUGUCUUUGGUGAAUUUUAGGGCCUUGCAAGGUGGCGAGGUCACCAAACGCUGCCAAAUUCAAUAACCUGCAUUUUAUUUUCAAAGAUACCUUUUCCCCUAUCUGAGUCAAUACCCUCAAAAUACAAUAAUUAUGGGGUCAUUAACAAGAGCUCAAAAGCAAAUUUGAUUUCAGAUACCUCUCAGUCGCUAAGGCUAAGACUGGGAAUCCAUCUUAUUUGGUGGGAAAAUGACCAAACAAGAUAACAAAAAAGCACAAUCCUUUGGGUUGACCAACAUAACCACCAUGGAGUUUGCAAAAACAGGACCAUCUGUUGUGUGAGAACCAUGGAGAUUCUGUAUUUAUAGAAUCCUGAGUGGGAAAACCAGACAUAUGAAUAAACUUUUUUUUCCCUAGUUCACUAAUCUGAAAUCUACUUUUCUUCUAGUUUCUCUGCUGUCAACAUGUACGGUGUUUAAACAAAACAAAACAAAACAAAGAGUCAAUUUAAAAGCAGACAGGCUUGCUAUGACUAAUUUGAGAACUCCCAAAGUAGGCUCUUUUCCAAAAAUACAUUACGGUUGACAAUAUGUUAGCUCAGUCUUAAAGGGGUUAUGAUACAACUAUGGACUGGAAGGCUGAAGCAGAUUAUUACCGCCGGUUGGAGCAGAGCAGGGUACUCCACAACCCUUAACUGCUCUUGGUAUGGGGCUUUCAAAUGAAACCUUUCUAUAUAAACAAAUGUUUUGAAUGUGUGUAUCUUAAACAGCCUAACUGAAUAAUACAUAUUUUGUUCCUCGUGGUUUCUAAAAUGGAAGUUGUUGCAAGGAAAAAAAUUUAUAUCAGGGGCCAAGAGUGCAAGGGCGUUUCACAUAUUGCACGUUCCUUUAAAAACACAUAUUUCUUACAUCCUUUGGUAAAAUUAUUUUUAAAAAGCUAACAUCUUUUGGUAGCAUUGCUUUUACAAAAAUACCUCUGUUUAUUAUUUCUUGUAUUAUGGUGGAGGAGGUUGGAAAUCAAAGGAAGUGAUGAUUCUCUUCCAAAAGCCUGCAAAGGGAUGAUAGUAUCACAUUUUACUCAGUGAAUUAAAUUAAUUUUACCUUGAAUUCAAUUGUGGGUGUGCAGAGAGGAAUGACAUCACCACUUACUGGGUGUCUACUAUAUGCCAGGUAAUACACUUAAGCACAUUAUAGCCUUUAUCUUAUUUAAUCUUCUCAGCAACGCUCCUCAUUAUCAUCUUCAUUUUAGGAAGGACUGAGGUUCAGAGAGGUUAAGCAACUCACUGCAGGCCACACAGCUAGUAAAUGACCAGGAACAACAGGUAACUCAGACACUGGCUUGUUUUUGGUUUCCUGUUAAAUAGUAUAAGCAAUCUAUUUCUUGGAGGUUUUGUUCAGCAGUCCAUCUUAUUAAUGACUCUGCAUGCCUUUUGCUGCUAAAUUAUUCAAGGAGUCUCUGGUACCAAGUGUGACCUGGUUCCUUUAAGAAUUACAUUGAAUGAGAACCAAUGGGCUAGCAACUCUGACCGGUUACUUAUGCGCCUUAACUCCUUUCAUUCAACAACUCUAAGAGAUUGGGUUCUCGCCGUUUAUAGAUGAUAAACUGUUCGGGGGAGGUUAAGAAAGUUGCUAAGAUCGCCGAGUUAGUGAGGGCUAGAGCCCCGACUGGGUUCCAGGUCUGACUCCAACGCCAGAACGAGCUUCCUCCACGACACCAGUGUUUCCAUUUGGCUAGAGAGCCACAGGGCUGAUUUAAUAUUUAUCAAGUGUUUGUAGUGUCCUGGGAUCUGGCACUUGGAUGAGAAAGCUGGGGCGGCCCCAACUUCUCCGUCCACGCCGCCGGGGAGAAGGCUGCACGUGUGGCACAGAAGACAGAAAGCCCUCACGCUUCAGCUUAGCAGCAAGAGACCUGGUCGCUUGGGAGGCCCGAGGGCGCGUGCCACUUCUCCCCUGCGACUGGGAGACACCGAGGGUCCCAGGCCACCCGAGGUCCCGACUUUCGUGGCAGCACUGGUGCUGCGGGUUCGGGUCGCGCGCCUCACAAACAGGUAACCGGUUUGUAGUCGGGCGGAGAGUGGCGAGCGCAGGGCUCCAGGGGGCGCCCUCCCAGCAGCGACACCCGUCACCUUUACCCCCCGAACCCAGGCUUGGGGGUAGCGGCGGCUCUCAGCACCCUUCGGGCGGGCAGCUCCGCCCUUCCCGCCCCGGGAAGUGACGCGCAGCGACUACGGCAUCCGGGCGGGGCCUCGAGGCAGCUGGGGGGUUCGGGAGGGGCGGCGGCCGCAGGGCGAUUGGCGGGCCGGCCGCGGCCAGGAACGCCGGAGCGCGCGCUCGCGGGUAGCGGCCCGACGACCGCGUGCGGGGGCGGGAGGGCGCCAGGAGCCGCGGCGGGGGCGGUGUUGGUGUCGGCGGGAGAUGCGGGUGGCUGCGGGCACCCGGUGGGCUGGGCUCGGCCGCCGCCUCCUUCUCCGGCUCCGCCGCGGGGGUCGUCGUGGCUGCCGCGCCGUCCCCGAGGUCCCGGCGUGAGGAGGCGGCGGGUGGAGAGCAGCGUCCAGUUCGAGGCGGAGACCCAGAGGGAGCCCCGCGCGAGACCUCGCUCAUUGCUAUGGACAGUGCUAUCACCCUGUGGCAGUUCCUCCUUCAGCUCCUACAGGAGCCUCAGAACAAACACAUGAUCUGCUGGACCUCUAACAACGGGGAGUUCAAGCUUCUGCAGGCGGAAGAGGUGGCUCGUCUCUGGGGAAUUCGAAAGAACAAGCCUAAUAUGAACUAUGACAAACUCAGCCGAGCCCUCAGAUACUAUUAUGUAAAGAAUAUCAUUAAAAAAGUGAAUGGUCAGAAGUUUGUGUACAAGUUUGUCUCUUACCCAAAGAUUUUGAACAUGGAUCCGAUGACGGUGGGGAGGAUUGAGGGAGACUGUGAGGCUUUAAGCUUCGGUAAAGUCAGCAAUAGCUCCAAAGAUGUGGAGAAUGGAGGGAAAGAGAAACCACCUCAGCCUGGUGCCAAGACCUCUAGCCGCAAUGACUACAUACACUCCGGCUUAUAUUCUUCAUUUACUCUCAACUCUUUGAACUCCUCCAAUAGGAAGCAUUUUAAAUCUAUAAAGAUUGAGAACCCCGCUGAGAAAUUGGCAGAGAAAAAAUCUCCUAAGGAGCUAACACCUUCUGUCAUUAAAUUUGUAACAACACCUUGUAAAAAGCCACCAGCUGAACCUGUUGUUGCCACCAUUUCAACUGGCCCAAGUAUUUCAGCACCUUCGGAAGAAACUAUUCAAGCAUUGGAGACUUUGACUUCCCCCAAACUGCCUCCACUGGAAGCCCCAACCUCUGCCUCCAGUGUAACUCCCACUUUUACCGCCAUACCUAGUUCGUCCAUGUCCCCUUCUUUGAAGGAGGAGCCUCCUCUAACACCUUCACCACCGCUGAGUUCCAACCCAGACAUUGACACAGACAUCGAUUCUGUGGCUUCUCAGCCAAUGGAACUGCCAGAGAACUUGACACUGGAACCUAAAGGCCAGGACUCAGCUUUGCCAGAAAAGGACAAAACAAAUAAUUCAUCAAGAUCCAAGAAACCCAAAGGGCUAGAGCUGGCACCUACCCUCGUGAUCACAGGCAGUGACCCAAGCCCACUGGGAAUAUUGAGCCCGUCUCUCCCUACAGCUUCUCUUACGCCAGCACUUUUUUCACAGACGCCCAUCUUACUGACCCCGAGCCCUUUGCUCUCCAGUAUCCACUUCUGGAGCACUCUGAGCCCUGUUGCUCCCCUCAGUCCUGCCAGAUUGCAAGGUGCUAACACACUUUUCCAGUUUCCUUCUGUUCUGAACAGUCAUGGGCCAUUCACUUUGUCUGGCCUGGAUGGACCUUCCACCCCUGGCCCAUUUUCCCCAGAUCUACAGAAAACAUAACCUAUGCACUUGUGGAAUGAGAGAACCAAGGAAUAAAGAAACAGCGAGACUCUCAACAUGAUCACAUUUGAAGUGAGCAAUUGAUAGUUCUACAAUGCUGAUAAUAGACUUUUGUGAUUUUUGCUAUUCCCCAUUGAAUGCCUUUUUAGGAUUCUCUUUGACUAAGACUCAAGUUGGAUUGUGUAUAAAAAUGCCUUAAUUGGAGUCCAAACUCCACCUCCCUCUUUUUCUUUCUUUUUAAAAAAAUAAUUUGAGCUUUGUGUGAAAGUAAUUUUUGGUGGGGUUUAGCAGCUAGCUGUGCUUCGCAAGAGCAAUUAAGAACAAAGUUAUUCCUUCUGCCUUAUUGGGACCCUUUGGCCAGAAAAUAAGUAUAUGCUUUGAGUAUAUUAUUUAAAGAAAUAUUAGUUAAAUGAAAUUGGCCAUAUCUUUGGGACUAAGUGUACUCUUUUGAAUAACUAAAAGUGAGCUGUGCAUAAGCAGUGGAGAAAAAAAGAAUCAUUUCUAUUCACAUAAAGGAAGAUUGAGCAGUACUAUUGGGAAGAUUCUAUUUUGCUGUGAAUUCUAACAUGUAAGCAACUGUGCAAAAAGUCAUCUUAUUUACAUUUAUUCAGGGUUGGUCUCUCAGCCCUAUGUAUGAUCUUAUCUGAACCUGUCAACAGGGCGUGGAGCUGGUCUAUUUUAACAUAGGAAGAUUUUUAAACCUGAGGUUUAAGACAGUGUUUGGACCAGCCAGAGAGAAUAUGGGACCCCAUAUCUAGCACAAAAAUGUUGGCUGCUCUCUGUGUGGUACGAUUAUACACCCAUGGAAUUCAGCAUGGUAAAUGAUGGCGUUUAGGAGGAUGAACCUGGGUAUUGACAUUUGUAGGCAUCUCUGAAUGAAAGAUGUGAUUGAAUAACUUGAAUCAACAUGUGGGGCUUUUCCCAGUUAGAAGAUACCAUCAAGAAGGACUCUCUCUCUCUCCUGUUCAUUUGAACCCCUUUUCUACUGUAUGUUUAUCUUCCUUUAAAUUUAAGGUCAUGAGAGAUCACAAUAGUUUUCAAGAUAUAAUUAGGAAGGUGAAAAAUGAAGUGAAGCCUCCAAAUCUGUAGCAAGGUAAAGAUGUGCUUAUUUCUUUGAAUUUUUGUUUUUAAAUUAGGGAGGAGCAGAGUUCAUUUGGAAAUGGUCACGCUUAGGGAGUAGAUUGUUGAUAGUAGUAGUGAAAAAUUUAGGCCUUUUCCUCAACGUUACCAAAUUUAUAAAAUAUUACCGUAUGGUCAUCAAUGCCAGGUGCAGACAGCUUUGUUGAUCCCCCAAACUGAAUUGAUACCAACAUUACAGUGGAAUCUUUUGAAAAACUUGGCUUUAAAGUCCAGGAUUAGAUUAUAUGUGAUCACUACCCCCACCACUACCCAGUUCAUUAAACUAGUGUUUUUAUCCCUAGAAAUAGUUCCUCUAAUUGAAUCACAUGAACUAAAUGGAAUGAGGGAGUAAAGACUUGAGGGCUCACAAUGACACUGACACAAACCAACAUCUCCCAGAUGUAUCAUACUCACUUUGAAUGUUUACAUGCAGGUGGAGAGGCUCUAGUAGAAGACAUCUGUGCUAAGUCAGUAGUAGCGGAGGGAUGGUAUUGAGGGAGCUGCCUUUGAAUUUGUAAAUGUUGGAGACCUGUUACUGCUUCAUCUGUGGUUCUCAGCUGAAAGGUCUGUUCCUGAGAUGUGCAAUAGUGUUGAAAGGUAGUGUGUAGUGUUCAGUAGUGAUGCGGAACAGACUCACUGGACUUUUCCAUUUUGAACCGUUUAGUUUGCAUGCUUGUUUGAAGUUAGAUGUCUCAGCAGCACUUUGAAAUAGUUUUAUUAGUAGGUUGAUUAACAUUUUGUACAUUAAGUAAAUAUUGAUGGCUUGAUUUAAUUAAAUACUUAAAAUUUUGAGUGCACAAAACUAUUAUUUUUUGGAAUUACAGGAGACAAAGCCAUUGGUUUGUUUUCCCAGGUGGUAUCGUUGAUAAUUAAUUGUCUCAGCACAGGGGUGCCUGGGAAGCAAGGACAUCAUUACAACGCAGUCAAAGCAACUUCAUAGGAACGAGUUUUAGUAAAUCUGUCUAUAAACCGAUCCUGGAAGCCUCUGAGAGGUGUGGGCCAUAGGUGGGGUGAUGAUCUGCUUUCUCUUUGAGAUCAAUUAAUCUGCGGGGGGGGGGGGGGGAGAGAGAGAGUGUGUGUGUGUGUGUGUGUGUGUUUGUAUGUAUGUGUGUGUCCUUUUUUAAAUGAAAGUUUACAACCGUAGCUCAACUGUAUGAGGCAGACCUUUUUUUUUGUAAACUACCUCCUUCCUGGAAAACUCUCAGUUUCAUACUUGUUAAAUAUCCACAGAGUUCUUCUUAACAUCCAAAGGUGACAUACCACUUAAGAUCAGUGUUCACUGGAGAGACUUAUAUUUGAUAGUGAUAGCCGGUAUCCAUCACUAAUCACUUUGCCAUGAUGAAUGCUGGUGGGCAAAAGUAGCGUAAGAUAGGGGAGCAGGUUGAAUGAGUUUUUGAGACGUCUGCUGAAAUUAUUUUAGCUUUCCAUCUAUUCUGGUGUAUAUCUACUUAGUUGUAUGCUGGAAAAUGUUUAACUACCAGGCUCUCUGAAGGGAAAAAAAGCCCUUACAUUGUAGCAUUUGCUGGUUUCCAUGAUGUAAUUUAUUUCCCCAUUGCUGAGUUUAAGCCACCACGUUGGAGUUGAGAAGGGAUGCACACAGUUGGACCCUUAGUCAGUAGACCAAUGCAUUUAUUCCACCCUACGGUGGAUUGCCACAUAAUUUCUAAAAUAAUUUUUUUCUUGUUCAUAUGCUGAUUUUUAAAAAUACAAAAUUAAAAUCAUACAUCUAACUUCAGUAAUCUUUUUUUUCCUGGUUUGUCACAGUGCUUUUGUGAUGUUAACAUUCCUCAUGACAUAUUUUGUGUGUUUAAACAAAGGUGGAAACUUCCAUUGAUUUAAAAAAUUU